GGUUUGGGUUGAGGAUCCUGAAGUUGCAUGGAUUGAUGGUGAGGUGACAGAAAUCAAUGGCAGAAAUGCCACCAUCAUUACCACACUUGGGAAAACUGUGGUAGCAGAGAUUUCAAGUAUAUAUCCUAAAGAUACAGAGGCACCACCUGCAGGAGUUGAUGACAUGACCAAGCUAGCAUACCUCCAUGAGCCAGGAGUUUUGCAUAACCUUGCUUGUCGUUUUUCUCUCAAUGAGAUAUAUACAUAUACAGGAAACAUCUUAAUUGCAGUGAACCCUUUUAGAAGACUACCACACUUGUAUGCAAUCCAUAUGAUGGAGCAGUACAAAGGAGCAGCAUUUGGAGAGCUUAGCCCUCACCUUUUUGCUGUAGCAGACACCUGUUACAGGGCAAUGAUAAAUGAAAAUGGAAGUCAAUCCAUUUUGGUGAGUGGAGAGAGUGGAGCUGGGAAAACUGAGACAACCAAAAUGCUAAUGAGGUAUCUAGCAUUCAUGGGGGGUAGAUCUCGUACAGAAGGAAGAACUGUAGAACAACAGGUUUUGGAGUCCAAUCCAGUGUUGGAAGCAUUUGGAAAUGCCAAAACUGUUAAAAACAACAAUUCAAGUCGUUUUGGUAAAUUUGUUGAAAUUCAAUUUGACAAGAAUGGCAAGAUUUCUGGAGCUGCAAUCCGUACAUAUCUCCUUGAAAGGUCAAGAGUUUGCCAGGUUUCAGACCCAGAAAGAAACUAUCAUUGCUUUUACAUGCUUUGUGCAGCACCACAAGAGGAUGUCAAAAAGUACAAGUUAGGGGACCCAAGGCAAUUCCACUAUCUUAAUCAAACAAACUGUUACGAAGUUUCAAAUGUAGAUGAUGCUAAAGAAUACUUGGAGACCAGAAAUGCAAUGGAUAUUGUUGGCAUCAACCAGGAUGAACAGGAUGCUAUCUUUCGUGUAGUAGCUGCAAUCCUCCAUCUUGGAAACAUUGACUUUGUCAAAGGGAAAGAAGUUGAUUCUUCCAAACUGAAAGAUGACAAAUCACUCUUCCACCUUCGAACAGUUGCAGAGUUACUCAUGUGUGAAGAGAGAGCAUUAGAAGACUCACUUUGCAAGCGUGUCAUUGUAACUCCUGAUGGUAACAUUACAAAACCACUAGACCCCGAGGCAGCUGCUUUGAGCCGAGAUGCUUUGGCAAAGACUGUCUACUCCAGACUUUUUGAUUGGAUUGUUGACAAGAUUAACAGUUCAAUUGGUCAAGAUUCAAAUGCAGUAAGCAUAAUAGGAGUCCUUGAUAUUUAUGGAUUUGAAAGCUUCAAAAUCAAUAGUUUCGAGCAACUAUGCAUCAACCUGACAAAUGAGAAGUUGCAACAACAUUUUAAUCAGCAUGUAUUCAAGAUGGAGCAGGAAGAGUACACUAAGGAGGAAAUCGAUUGGAGCUAUGUUGAAUUUGUGGAUAAUCAGGAUGUACUUGAUCUUAUUGAGAAGAAACCUGGGGGAAUAAUUGCUCUUCUUGAUGAAGCCUGCAUGUUCCCCAAGUCUACUCAUGAGACUUUUGCACAAAAGAUGUACCAGACAUAUAAAGGACACAAGCGCUUCAGCAAGCCAAAACUUGCUAGAACAGACUUCACAGUUAACCACUAUGCCGGAGAUGUCACAUACCAAGCAGAUUAUUUUCUUGAUAAAAAUAAAGAUUAUGUGGUAGCUGAGCAUCAAGCACUUUUAUGGGCUUCAAAGUGCCAAUUUGUUGCUAAUCUUUUCCCUCCUUUACCUGAGGAGACAUCAAAGCAAUCAAAAUUCUCUUCCAUUGGUUCACAGUUUAAGCAACAACUACAAUCUCUCAUGGAGACAUUGAGCACAACAGAACCACAUUACAUAAGAUGUGUGAAACCAAAUUCAGUUUUGCAGCCAGGAAUAUUUGAGAACUUCAAUGUCUUAAACCAGUUAAGAUGUGGGGGAGUACUUGAGGCAAUAAGGAUUAGUUGUGCUGGAUAUCCAACAAAAAGAACAUUUGAAGAGUUCCUUGAUCGUUUUGGAAUGCUAGCCCCUGAUGUCCUUGAUGGAUCUGAUGAGAAAAAGGCAUCUAUCGCCAUCUGUGAUAAGAUGGGCUUAAAAGGCUAUCAAAUGGGGAAAACAAAGGUAUUUCUCAGAGCUGGUCAGAUGGCUGAAUUAGAUGCGCGGAGAGCCGAAGUCUUAGCUAAAGCAGCUAGACGCAUACAGAGACAAAUCCGAACACAUUUAACAAGAAAAGAGUUCAUCACCCUGAGAAAGGCCACAAUCCUUAUCCAGAAGAUUUGGAGAGCAAAACUUGCUCGUAAACUCUAUGAGCAUAUGAGGAGGGAAGCAGCUUCUAUCCGAAUACAGAAACAUGUGCGUGCACACAGAGCAAGAAUGUAUUAUACAUCAUUACAAGCAUCAGCUAUAAUUAUUCAGUCAGGGUUGAGAGCAUUAGCAGCACGGAAUGAAUAUAGGUACAGAAGAAGAACAAAGGCUUCAACCAAAAUUCAGACACAAUGGAGAAGAGUCCAAGCUCUUUCUGAUUACAAACAGCAGAAGAGAGCAACUGUUACACUUCAAUGUCUCUGGAGAGUUAAAGUAGCAAGGAAAGAGCUCAGAAAGCUUAAGAUGGCUGCAAGGGAAACCGGGGCACUUAAAGAAGCAAAAGACAAAUUGGAGAAGCGUGUUGAGGAGCUUACAUGGAGAUUAGAUAUUGAAAAGCACUUGAGGAUUGACCUUGAAGAAGCUAAAGGACAAGAGAUAGCAAAAUUACAAAAUGCUUUACAAGAAAUGCAAGCUCAGCUAGAUGAAGCCCAUGCUGCAAUUAUACAAGAGAAAGAAGCAGCAAAAAUAGCAAUUGAACAAGCACCACCAGUAAUUAAAGAGGUGCCUGUUGUGGACAACACCAAGCUAGGGUUACUGACAAAUAAAAAUGAGAAGCUGGAGAGUGAAGUAGAAGAGCUGACAAAGAAGAUCCAAAAGUUUGAAGAAAGGUACUCAGAAAUUGAAAACGAGACUCAAGCAAGGCUGAAAGAGGCAGAAGAAGCACAGCUUAAAGCAACACAGCUUCAGGAGACUAUUGAAAGAUUAGAAUUGAGUUUGUCAAACCUUGAGUCUGAGAAUCAGGUUCUAUGCCAGCAGGCUUUGGUAGAAUCAAAAAAUGAAGAACUUUCUGAAGAGAUCAAAACCCUCAAGGGUCGGAUAGCAAAUCUAGAAUCAGAGAAACAAUUUCUAAGGAGCCAGGCAGCAGUUGCUGUAGAGCAGAAAGUUCAUCCAGAAAUAAUAGAAACGGACCAGGAAAUUACUGUUAAUUUGGAUAAUGGAAAUCAAACUGAGGAAGAAAUGCAUGCAAGAAAAGAACCAAGAGCACCAGUCUCCUUUCUUACAAAACAAAGAUCACUCACAGACAGGCAGCAGGAAAGUCAUGAUGCACUGCUCAAGUGUCUCACAGAAGAUAAGCGAUUUGAGAAAAACAGACCAGCAGUUGCUUGUAUUGCUUACAAAGCACUUCUUCAUUGGAGAUCCUUUGAAGCAGAGAAGACACAUAUAUUUGAUAAAAUUAUUCACUCUAUCCGAUCAUCUAUAGAGAGUCAAGAAGGAAUCAAUGAUCUAGCAUAUUGGCUUUCAACAACUUCAACACUUUUGUUUUAUCUACAAUGCACACUCAAGGCCAGCAAUACAACUAAGGCAGUGUCAAGAAAUCGAAACUCACCUGCCACUCUAUUUGGAAAAAUGGCACAAGGUUUGCGUUCAUCUUCAAUGGGGUUGGGGAUUUCAAGUGGCUACAGUGGAAUGGUGGACAAGCCUAAUGAGCAAUCUAAAGUGGAAGCCAAGUACCCUGCCAUUCUAUUUAAACAACAUUUGACUGCAUAUGUUGAGAAGAUAUAUGGAAUGAUCCGUGAUAGUUUGAAGAAAGAGAUUAGCCCAUUCUUAAAUUUGUGUAUUCAGGCACCAAGAUCCAUAAGGACAAGAUCAAUAAGAGGGUCAUCCAGAAACAUCCAUUCAAAUAUAGUAGCAAAACAACAGGCAUUGCAUAUGCACUGGAAAAGCAUUGUCAACAAGUUAGAUCAUGUCUUGGGUAUACUGUCUGAUAACUAUGUCCCUCCAAUAAUAACAAGGAAGAUAAUUAGUCAGGUUUUCUCAUUCAUGAAUGUCCAACUCUUUAAUAGUUUGUUGCUUCGUCGUGAGUGCUGCUCCUUUAGCAAUGGAGAGUAUUUGAAGGCAGGUUUGCAUGAGUUGGAAUUAUGGUGUCUUAAAGCAACAGAUCAGUUUGCUGGGUCAUCAUGGGAUGAACUCAAACACAUACGCCAAGCUGUGGGAUUUCUGGUUUUGCAUCAAAAGACUCAAAAAUCUUUGGAUGAGAUCACAAAUGAACUCUGCCCGGUGUUAAGUAUUCCACAAAUAUAUCGAAUUGGAACUAUGUUCUGGGAUGACAAAUAUGGAGCACAGGGAUUAUCUCCAGAAGUCAUUAGUAGAAUGAGAGUGCUUAUGACAGAAGACUCAAUAAACAUACCCAAUAACUCAUUCCUUCUCGAGGUGGAUUCCAGCAUACCAUUCUUAAUGGAGGAGAUGUUCAGGUCCAUGAGUGAUAUCCGUCUAUCAGAUAUGGAUGUGGAUCCACCACCAAUCCUCAGGCAAAGAUCUGAUUUCCAAUUCUUGUUGCAACAAAUGGAUAGUGACUCUCAGUGAGCUAGUGAAAGUUUGGUGCUGAUGCAUAGUUAUAGUUUCUGAUUUGCAUUGAUUUCAUUUAAUUUAGGUAUGGUGUUAAAGUGAGUAAUUGAGUGGUGA